AUGUCUGAAGAUCCAAGAGCUAGUACGGCAGUAUCUGGUGUGGGUGGUGAUCUACCUGAUGAGAGUCCUGGGGCUAAUUUUCAAGUAUUUGUUGAUAUGCAAAAUUUGUAUAAUAAAUUGAAAUUGUUAAAUUAUGAUGAUGAAUAUGUAUUAAAAUGGAGAAUGAAACCUAUAUCAAAAAUUCAUUUCGCCAUACAAACAAAUGCCGGCGAUCAAUUACACUCGUUUAUAGCUCUUGCAUCAUGGUUAUUUCAAAAAGCUGGAUUCAAAUAUGACAAACCAAGUGAAGAUGAUGAUCAAAGUGUACUAUUACAAAACAUUAUUGGACAAUUUAGAAAAAUGGGCUAUGAAAUUAGCUUUGGUGCAAAUAAAUUACGUUCGGGCAGUGGUGAAUCAGUUAUUUAUAUUUUGAAUAGACUGGCGGACGAAGCAAUGAAAAAAGCAAAUUUCACAUGGAGACAGCCAGAAAAACCAGAAGAAUUACCCGAUGAUGAUCAACCAAAAGACGAAGAAAAUGAAAUUGAUGUGAACAAAAUUGAUGAGGAAAUGUUUAAUAAAGAUGCUGAUAAUGAUGAAUAUGAAGAAGAUGAACCAGUUUUAAAUAUGGAAGCAUUGACAAAACUUGGAUUAAGAUCAGGAGUUGAACCUGAAGUUCGUCCCGAGUUAAUAAUGGAAUCGACAACAGAUGCAACAGAAUGGAAGCUAGAAGUCGAAAGAGUAUUACCACAAUUAAAAGUCACAUUUAAAGCAGAAAAUAAAGUAUUGACAAACAUAGAUUUUAUUCUAAAUCUAUGUGAUUAUUGUCAAUACUUUAUCUUUAAUUUUGAGGAUUGGCGAGCUCGUCAAGAACAACGUCUGCAACAUAAAAAUCAAAUUCAAACUUCUCUCAAAGAUGCUGAACUCAUGUUAACUCGUUUCCAUUCGGACAUUACGAAAUCUUUAGAAAAAAUCAUUACUCGUGAACAGUAUAUUAAUACAAAUAUGCAAGAAUAUUUUCAAGAUUUUCAUCAUCAACAAGAUAUUCUAACACAAGCGAAAUUACACUAUAGACAAUGUUCAAGUGGUAUUACUGAAAAAUCACAAGAAUUACAAAAUUUGAUGUCGGAUUUAAGUCGAAUUCGUGAAGAGAUGGAAGAAACUGGACAGAACGUAACUGAUGGAGGUCCGUUGGUAAAAAUUAAGAAAGCUAUCGAAGAUAUAAAUAAAGAUAUUGUUCGUGUUGAUGUUAGAAUAGCUGUUUUAGAACAUACACUAAUGCAAUCAAAAGUGAGAGAAAAAGAAGAAUACAAUGACGAGAAACAAGAUAACCUAUUAAAUGCACCUGAUUUUGAAACAAUAUAG